GCUGGAGUGAGUAAGUGAGUGAGAGAGAAAGAGAGAGAGGAGGUGUAGUGGAGGAGAGGACAGGAGAGACUCGCUCGAGCUCAUCGAAACACUUUUACCUGUUUUCUGCGGGAUUUCAGCGGCGGGAGAAUCAGCGAGCGAUGCUCCGGAGCCCUCGGUGAACCCAGCCCUGGUGACCCGUGUGAAGACUUGUUCCUCUGCAGAUCUGGAUAGACGGCCAGCAUGGCGACAGAUGUGGUGAUCGUGAAGGAGGGAUGGCUGCACAAGAGAGGGGAGUAUAUAAAGACAUGGAGGCCGCGGUACUUCUUGCUGAAGAGUGACGGUACGUUUAUCGGCUAUAAGGAGCGACCGCAAGAUGUGGAUCAGCUGGAGACGCCGCUCAACAACUUCUCUGUGGCCCAAUGUCAGCUGAUGAAGACGGAGCGACCGAAACCAAACACAUUCAUCAUACGCUGCCUGCAGUGGACCACUGUCAUUGAGCGCACCUUCCACGUGGAGACGCCUGAAGAAAGGCAGGAAUGGACCAAAGCCAUCCAGACUGUGGCGGAGAGUCUGCAGAAACAAGAGGAGGAGAUGAUGGACGCGUCAGCAGAACACACAGACAUGGAGACCAGUCUGAGCAAACCACCACACAAAGUGACUAUGCAUGACUUCGAAUACCUCAAACUCCUGGGAAAAGGCACUUUUGGGAAGGUGAUUCUGGUGAAGGAGAAAGCAACAGGCAAAUAUUACGCCAUGAAAAUCCUCAAGAAAGAAGUGAUCGUUGCCAAAGAUGAAGUUGCUCACACACUGACAGAGAACCGAGUGCUGCAGAACUCCAGACACCCGUUCCUGACGGCUCUGAAGUCAUCGUUCCAGACUCAUGAUCACUUGUGUUUUGUGAUGGAGUACGCAAAUGGAGGAGAGCUUUUCUUCCACUUGUCUCGAGAGCGUGUGUUCUCAGAGGAGCGAGCGUGUUUCUACGGGGCUGAGAUCGUGUCUGCGCUGCACUACCUGCACUCCGAAAGAAACGUGGUCUACCGGGACCUGAAGCUGGAGAACCUGAUGCUGGAUAAAGACGGACACGUAAAGAUCACAGAUUUCGGCUUGUGUAAAGAGGGGAUCACAGACGGAGCCACUAUGAAGACCUUCUGCGGGACUCCAGAGUAUCUGGCGCCCGAGGUGCUGGAGGACAAUGAUUACGGUCGUGCGGUGGACUGGUGGGGUUUAGGGGUGGUGAUGUAUGAGAUGAUGUGUGGCCGUCUGCCGUUCUACAACCAGGACCACGAGCGUCUGUUUGAGCUCAUCCUGAUGGAGGACAUCCGCUUCCCUCGAACCCUCGCCCCUGACGCCAAAUCCCUGCUCUCCGGCCUUCUCAAGAAAGACCCCAUGCAGCGGUUAGGUGGAGGUCCUGAUGAUGCGAAAGAAAUCAUGCAGCACAAGUUCUUCACUGGAAUCGUGUGGCAGGACGUCUACGAGAAGAAGUUGGUUCCUCCGUUCAAGCCGCAGGUGACAUCAGAAACAGACACCAGAUACUUUGAUGAAGAGUUUACAGGACAGACGAUCACCAUCACACCACCUGGACAAGAUGACUGUAUGGAGGCAUUUGACAGCGAGAGACGACCACAUUUCCCACAAUUCUCAUACUCGGCCAGCGGAACAGCAUGAGCCUGUGUUUCAUCACACAUACACACACACACACACACACACACA